GCGUGGUGAGCGCUCCCGCAGACAGGGGGCGUCAAUAUGGCGUCCUGAGAAAGACAACACAGCCCGACACCGCACCGAUCUUCGGCUGACAUCGGGAGGAGAGAGGGACCGUUUCGCCAAACAUAAGACGUGUGUUCGUCCUGUGCAUCCCUCUGAACGCCUGCGAGCAUCGGGUUUGGAUGUGCACAUCUCGGAGGGGGAGGACAGCCUUGUGACACCUGAUCGAGAAUUUUCCUUUUUCAUCUGUGUUUGAUGCUGCUGCUCAGUGCUCGGUGAUACAAAAGCAGGUGAGACCGAGCCGACCGCUCCUUUUUGGGAUUCGGGUCGGAAAUGUCGAGCGAGAAACCGGUUUUGGCACCGGGUUCCGCCUCGCUCACGGACCGAGAAGCACCCACACCACCAGCAGCACCGCCGGGUUCGGGGCAGCAAGUCGUAACGGGCUCCGUUACCGGGGACAUGAUGGUGUCUGGAUCGGGCGCCGUGGUUCUACCGGCCGGGGUGAUAAACUCCUCGGUUCCGAUCCGGAAUAUCAAGAUGAAAUUCGCCGUGCUCAUCGGUUUGAUCCAGGUCGGGGAGGUUAGCAACAGAGAUAUCGUGGAGACAGUUUUAAAUCUGCUGGUGGGUGGAGAGUUUGACCUGGAGAUGAACUUUAUCAUCCAGGAUGCGGAAAGCAUUGCCUGCAUGGUGGAGCUGCUGGAGCACUGUGACGUCACCUGCCAGGCGGAGAUCUGGAGCAUGUUCACAGCUAUUCUGCGGAAGAGCGUUCGCAACCUACAGACCAGCACCGAGGUGGGGCUCAUCCAGCAGGUGCUGCAAAAGAUGAGCUCCGUCGAUGACAUGAUUGCAGAUCUCUUAGUGGACAUGCUGGGGGUUUUGGCCAGCUAUAGUAUCACAGUCAAGGAACUGAAGCUGUUGUUCAGCAUGCUGAGGGGCGAUGGAGGCGUGUGGCCAAGACAUGCCAUUAAGCUCCUAUCAGUGCUGAAUCAGAUGCCUCAGCGACACGGCCCUGACACGUUCUUCAACUUCCCAGGACGCAGUGCGGCGGCCAUUGCUUUGCCGCCCAUUGCUAAGUGGCCUUACCAGAACGGAUUCACUCUCAACACUUGGUUCCGAAUGGACCCACUCAAUAAUAUCAAUGUAGACAAGGAUAAACCAUACUUAUACUGUUUUCGAACCAGCAAAGGGAUUGGCUACUCAGCGCACUUUGUGGGGAACUGUUUAAUUGUGACAUCACUGAAGUCGAAGGGGAAAGGCUUUCAACACUGUGUGAAGUAUGACUUCCAGCCCAGGAAGUGGUACAUGAUCAGCAUAGUCCACAUCUACAACCGUUGGAGGAAUAGUGAGAUCCGUUGCUAUGUCAACGGCCAGCUGGUUUCCUACGGUGACAUGGCAUGGCACGUCAACACCAAUGAUAGUUAUGAUAAAUGUUUCCUGGGCUCUUCAGAGACUGCGGAUGCUAACCGGGUGUUCUGUGGGCAACUCGGAGCCAUCUACGUCUUCAGUGAGGCGCUGAACCCCGCACAGAUCUUUGCCAUUCAUCAGCUCGGGCCUGGGUAUAAGAGCACGUUUAAGUUCAAGUCGGAAAGCGACAUCCACCUGGCGGAGCACCAUAAGCAGGUUCUGUAUGAUGGGAAAUUGGCCAGCAGCAUUGCCUUCACCUACAACGCUAAAGCCACCGACGCACAGCUGUGCCUAGAGUCCUCGCCCAGGGAAAACCCCUCCAUAUUUGUGCACUCGCCACAUGCACUGAUGCUGCAGGAUGUGAAAGCCAUCGUCACUCACUCCAUCCACAGCGCCAUCCACUCUAUUGGAGGAAUCCAAGUUCUCUUCCCGCUCUUCUCACAGCUGGACUACAGGCAACCCAACGACAGCCCUGUGGAGACGACCGUCUGUGCCACUCUCCUCGCUUUUCUAGUGGAGUUGUUGAAAAGUUCAGUAGCCAUGCAAGAGCAGAUGUUGGGUGGAAAAGGCUUCCUGGUUAUUGGCUAUUUACUGGAGAAGUCUUCUCGGGUACACAUCACCAGGGCAGUUUUGGAGCAGUUUCUGUCAUUUGCCAAGUAUCUAGAUGGGUUGACUCACGGAGCUCCUUUACUGAAGCAGCUGUGUGAUCACGUUUUGUUUAAUGCUGCCAUCUGGAUCCAUACACCAGCUAAGGUUCAACUUUCCCUCUACACGUACCUGUCGGCAGAAUUCAUUGGCACCGCCACCAUCUACAGCACCAUCCGUAGAGUGGGCACCGUCCUGCAGCUCAUGCACACCCUCAAGUACUACUACUGGGCCAGCAACCCCCUGGAAAGCAGCGGUAUCACCCCUAAAGGCCUGGAUGGUCCACGGCCCUCUCAGAAGGAGAUUAUAUCCCUGCGGGCGUUUAUGCUUCUUUUCCUCAAACAGCUCAUUCUCAAGGACCGAGGAGUAAAGGAAGAUGAGUUGCAGAGCAUAUUAAACUACCUGCUAACCAUGCAUGAGGAUGAAAACAUCCAUGAUGUGCUCCAGCUCUUGGUCGCGCUCAUGUCUGAGCACCCUGCCUCCAUGAUCCCUGCUUUCGACCAGAGGAAUGGAAUACGAGUCAUCUACAAGCUCCUGGCCUCCAAAAGCGAGAGCAUACGAGUCCAAGCUCUCAAAGUUCUCGGCUACUUCCUGAAACAUCUGGGACACAAGGGGAAGGUGGAGAUCAUGCACACACACAGCCUCUUCACGUUGCUCGGAGAGCGACUAAUGAUGCACACCAGCACUGUGACCAUCACCACCUACAACACGCUCUAUGAGAUCUUAACAGAACAGGUUUGCACUCAGGUGGUGCAUAAGCCUCACCCAGAACCCGAUUCUACAGUCAAGAUCCAAAACCCCAUGAUUCUGAAGGUUAUGGCUACGCUGCUUAAAAGUUCCUCCCCCAGCGCUGAGCUGAUGGAAGUACGACGCCUCUUCCUGUCCGACAUGAUCAAACUCUUCAGUAACAGCAGAGAGAACAGACGGUGUCUGCUGCAGUGUUCAGUGUGGCAGGACUGGAUGUUCUCUCUGGGCUACAUUAACCCAAAGAACCCAGAGGAGCAGAAGAUCACUGAAAUGGUCUACAACAUAUUCCGUAUCCUGCUUUACCAUGCCAUCAAGUAUGAGUGGGGAGGCUGGCGCGUGUGGGUGGACACACUCUCCAUCGCCCACUCCAAGGUGACCUAUGAGGCGCACAAAGAGUACCUGGCAAAGAUGUACGAGGAGUACCAACGACAAGAGGAAGAGAACAUCAAGAAAGGAAAGAAAGGUUCCGUCAGCACAAUUUCCGGCCUUUCCGCCCAACCCACCACUGUCAACGGAAACCUGGAGAUCCGCGAGAUCGAUGACACAUCUCAGACGCAAACACCAGAGAGCGAGGCAGACUAUGGAGAAAACGCAGACUCUCGGAACCUGCUGGCCGAGACCAAAGGUCCAGAGGGCGAAGCUGAAAGGUCGGCCGCAGGGGUACGUGUGGAAGUCCAUGACUUGCUGGUGGACAUCAAAGCUGAGAAGGUGGAGGCUACAGAGGUUAAAUUAGACGAUCUGGAUCUGUCCCCGGAGGUUCUUGGAAGAGGAGGUGGCAUGGAGAAUGGUCCCUUGGUGGAAGUAGACUCGCUGUUGGACAGCGCCUACUGUGCAGCAGUUCACAAGCUCAAUGGGAGUCUUGUCCCCAAAGAGGAGGAAAGCGUUGUGGUGGGAUUGACUGAAGACGAUGGGAACCUGGGUCCUCUAAUCACACUGGCAGAUGAAAAGGACAGCGUUCCCAGCAACAAUGGCUUCCUGUUCCCCAAGGUGGAUGAGAAGCUGCUUCCCUCAUUGGCGUCGACGGAGCCCCUGGUGCUGCCCAGCCCUGAACAGCCCCAUUGUCCAACAACUCCACACACUUCAAGCGCCAGUGACGACCUCAGCCUGCUGGCCCACAUGACUUCUUGUGGUUCAGAUCUGGUUCAAACCCCAAGUGGCCUAACAGAAGAUGAUGGGUUUAAGUUGCACAGCUCCUUGGCGGACAUCAGCACACUGGCAGAAACCGAGGCUCAGGCUGCAGCCAGGACAGCAGAGUGUUUGGAGCAAGAGGUUGGGGAGGCCAGGGCAGGAAAGAGCGGAGGGGACGCAGCCAGCACCACUUCAGACACAGAGAGAUCCGACGAUGGAAAGGACAAAGAAAUUAAGAAGAUUCAGACUACAGCCACCACGCAGGCUCUUCAUGGUCGUAUGUCGGGUCAGAUGGAGAGGGACCUCCGUGUGGAUCUGGGCUUCAGGGGCAUGCCGAUGACAGAAGAACAGCGCCGGCAGUUCAGCCCUGGCCCUCGAACUACCAUGUUCCGUAUCCCAGAAUUCAAAUGGUCACCCAUGCAUCAACGCCUUCUCACUGACCUGUUGUUUGCCCUGGAAAGUGACGUACACAUGUGGAGGAGUCACUCUACGAAAUCGGUCAUGGACUUCGUAAACAGUAACGAGAACAUUAUAUUUGUCCACAACACCAUCCACCUAAUUUCUCAGAUGGUUGAUAACAUCAUUAUAGCGUGUGGCGGGAUCCUUCCCCUGCUCUCUGCUGCCACCUCCCCAUCUAGUUCUAAGACGGAGCUUGAGAAUGUGGAGGCGACCCAGGGCAUGUCGUCAGAAACGGCAGUCACAUUUCUGAGCCGGCUGAUGGCCAUGGUGGAUGUGCUCGUGUUCGCCAGUUCUCUCAAUUUCAGCGAGAUUGAGGCUGAAAAGAACAUGUCGUCUGGGGGACUAAUGCGCCAGUGUCUACGAUUAGUGUGUUGUGUAGCAGUGAGGAACUGUCUGGAAUGCAGGCAGAGGCAGAGAGACAGAGGCAGCAAAACCUCACUGCCAAUCAGCAAGACCCAGGAGAACCUACAGACUGCAGCGUCCGCCAGCAAGAAUGUCCCGCGUAACCUUUCUCCCAUCAAAGACCCAGACAGACUGCUGCAGGACGUGGACAUCAAUCGUCUCCGAGCUGUCGUUUUCAGAGACGUGGAUGACAGUAAACAGGCUCAGUUCCUGGCUCUGGCUGUGGUCUACUUUAUCUCUGUCCUUAUGGUGUCUAAAUACCGGGACAUCCUGGAACCACAACGGGAGAUCGGCAGGUCCAGCAGCCUAUCGGGGAGAAGCAUCCGACAAGAGAUUAAUUCACCCACCAGCACAGAAAACCCAUCCUCCUUCACAGAUGGUGUACGUGGAGAGCGACAGGCCGCCACCCCUCUGGACGAUCUUCCCCUGGAAGGCUCGCUGCCUCACACUGACUCCGGCAUCGGGGAGGAGCAAGUCACCAGUGCUCUCAAUGGCUCCGAACUGGGCGCAGACUACAGCGGAUUGAGUGGGAGCUCUGGAGGCCCGGAUGCCAUGAGCGAGUUGCUGUGCACACUGUCGUCAGAGGUGAGGAAGUCCCGCGAGUCCCUGCUGGAGUCGCCUCCUGGCGUGGAGGUUCUGAAACCGGCCGCGUCGAUCUCCAGCAUCAGCCAGGCCAACAAGGGAAUCAAUGUGAAGGAGAUCCUGAAGAGUUUAGUGGCAGCACCGGUGGAGGGGGCAGAGGCAGGGCCUGAGCCCCAGCCGUACCACCCUGACCCUGCCCUGAAGAGGGAAGCUGCUGCUAUGCUGCCCAUGCAGUUCCACUCGUUUGACAGGAGUGUGGUGGUGCCUGUUAAGAAGCCCCCUCCAGGAAGCCUGGCUGUGAACACAGUAGGAACUCCCACCACCAGUGGUGUGCCCUCUUCAGGAAGUACGCCCAAUAUAUUUGCUGCUGCCACGGCAACACCUAAAAGCAUGAUCAACACAACAGGUGCCACUGACUCUGCCUCUUCCUCAUCCUCCUCUUCAUCAAGUUUUGUGAACGGUGCCACAAGUAAAAACCUCCCAGCGGUGCAGACCGUUGCACCAAUGCCUGAAGACACAGUGGAAAGCAUGAGUAUCACAACUAAAUUGGAGCGUGCCUUAGAGAAAGUGGCGCCUUUGCUGAGGGAGAUCUUUGUGGAUUUCGCCCCCUUCCUUUCACGGACUCUGCUGGGCAGUCAUGGGCAGGAGUUGCUCAUAGAAGGCUUAGUUUGUAUGAAGUCCAGCACAUCGGUUGUGGAGCUUGUGAUGCUCUUGUGCUCACAGGUGAGAUUUCUCACUUUAUUCUCUUAUUCGAACUGUGCCCAGUACACUGCAGACAGGAGAGAAGAGGAAAAGAUGUGUGAUCACCUCAUCAGUGCCGCCAAACACAGAGAUCAUGUGACUGCAAACCAGCUGAAACAGAAGAUCCUUAACAUUUUGACCAAUAAGCAUGGAGCAUGGGGAACCAUGUCACAGAGUCAGCUGCAUGAUUAUUGGCGUUUGGACUACUGGGAGGAUGACUUGCGCAGGAGGCGGAGAUUUGUACGCAAUGCCUUUGGCUCCACCCACUCGGAUGUGGCUCUCAAAUCUCUAGAAGAAUACGGUCAGCCACAACACAUCCAUACCACCUCAGUCUAAUUUACAGUGCCCAAAUAUGUCUCAGAGACAAUGCUGGAAGGAGAUGAUGAUGCCGUCAGUCUGCUGCAGGAGAAAGAGAUCGACAACCUUGCAGGUCCGGUGGUUUUGAGCACACCGGCCCAGCUCGUUGCUCCUGUGAUCGUUGCUAGAGGAACAUUGUCAAUCACCACAACAGAGAUCUAUUUCGAGGUGGACGAAGAUGAUCCAGCUUUCAAAAAGAUUGAUUCAAAGGUGUUGGCGUAUACUGAGGGUCUGCAUGGGAAAUGGAUGUUCAGUGAGAUCAGAGCAGUUUUUUCCAGACGCUACCUGCUCCAAAACACUGGACUAGAGGUCUUCAUGGCCAACAGGACAUCCGUCAUGUUCAACUUCCCGGAUCAGGCCACAGUAAAGAAGGUAGUGAACAGUUUACCCCGGGUCGGUGUUGGCACCAGCUAUGGCCUCCCUCAGGCAAGACGGAUAUCUCUGGCAACACCAAGGCAGCUCUUUAAGUCGUCUAAUAUGACUCAGAGAUGGCAGCGGAGGGAGAUUUCAAAUUUUGAGUACCUCAUGUUCCUCAACACGAUUGCAGGGAGGACCUAUAAUGAUCUGAACCAAUAUCCUGUCUUCCCUUGGGUCCUGACUAACUAUGAGUCAGAGGACCUGGAUCUUACCUUGCCUGGGAAUUUCCGGGAUCUUUCAAAGCCAAUCGGAGCCCUGAAUCCAAAGCGAGCCGUGUUCUAUACCGAGCGCUAUGAGACAUGGGAGGAUGACGGAACUCCACCCCAUCAUUACGCAUCACUGUACUCCACUGCAGCAUCCACUCUUUUCUGGCUUGUCAGGAUAGAACCCUUCACCACGUUUUUCUUGAAUUGUAAUAACAACAAGUUUGACCAUCCCGACCGGACGUUUUCUGGCAUUGCACGCUCUUGGCGAAGUUGCCAGAGGGACACAUCUGAUGUUAGGGAGUUGAUCCCGGAGUUCUACUACCUCCCUGAGAUGUUUAUGAACAGCAGCGGAUAUGACCUGGGGGUGAGAGAGGACAGGACAGCCGUGUGUGACGUGGAACUACCAGUCUGGGCCAAAAAACCAGAGGACUUUGUUCGCAUCAACAGGAUGGCGCUGGAGAGUGAAUUUGUGUCCUGUCAGUUGCACCAGUGGAUUGAUCUCAUCUUUGGCUACAAGCAGAGAGGACCGGAGGCCAUUAGGGCUCUCAAUGUUUUCCAUUACCUGUCUUACGAGGGAUCUGUGAGCUUGGACACCAUCACCGACCCCCAGCUCAGAGAGUCCAUGGAGGCUCAGAUUCAGUCAUUUGGACAGGCUCCAUCACAGCUGCUAAUAGAGCCUCACCCUCCACGCAGCUCUGCCAUGCACCUGUGUUUCCUUCCGCAGAGUCCUCUGAUGUUCAAGGACCAGAUGCAGCAAGAUGUAAUCAUGGUGCUAAAAUUCCCCUCCAACUCUCCGGUCACGCACGUGGCGGCCAACACACUGCCUCACCUCAGCAUUCCUGCUGCAGUCACGGUCACAUGCAGCCGACUGUUCGCCGUCAACCGCUGGCACAACACAGUCGGUCUCAGAGGUGCUCCAGGAUAUUCAUUAGAACAGUCUCAUCACCUUCCAAUUGAGAUGGACUCUCUGAUUGCCAAUAACUCUGGCAUUAGUAAAAGGCAGAUCACAGAUUUGGUGGAUCAAAGCAUUCAGAUCAACACGCACUGCUUUGUGGUGACAGCUGACAACCGCUACAUCCUGGCAUGUGGUUUCUGGGACAAGAGUUUCCGUGUUUACUCCACUGAGACAGGGAAACUCACUCAGAUCGUGUUUGGUCACUGGGAUGUGGUGACCUGUCUUGCGCGAUCUGAGUCCUACAUUGGAGGUGAUUGCUACAUUGUCUCUGGCUCACGAGAUGCAACCCUUCUGCUGUGGUACUGGAGCGGACGACACCACAUCAUUGGAGACAAUCCCAACAACAGUGAUUAUCCAGCACCUAGAGCGGUUCUGACAGGCCAUGACCAUGAGGUGGUGUGUGUGUCAGUAUGUGCUGAACUGGGACUUGUCAUCAGUGGGGCCAAAGAGGGGCCAUGUUUGGUGCACACCAUCACAGGAGAUUUACUGCGGGCCCUGGAGGGCCCUGAGAACUGUCUCCAGCCCCGUCUGAUCUCUGUGUCCAGUGAGGGUCACUGUAUCAUCUACUAUGAGAGAGGACACUUCUGUAACUUCAGCAUUAAUGGAAAACUCCUGACACAGAUGGAGUUCAAUGACUCCACACGUGCCAUACUGUUGAGCAGCGACGGUCAGAACUUGGUAACAGGAGGUGAUAACGGUGUUGUUGAAGUCUGGCAGGCCUGUGAUUUUAAGCAGCUGUAUAUUUACCCCGGCUGUGAUGCAGGCAUUAGGGCUAUGGACUUAUCCCAUGACCAGAGGACUUUGAUCACUGGGAUGGCAUCGGGCAGCAUUGUGGCGUUUAACAUUGAUUUCAAUCGAUGGCACUACGAACAUCAGAACCGAUACUGAGACAGGAGGAGAGAGAGGGACCUUGUUUAGGGCCCGCAGUUGAGGCAGUGAGAAAAGUGGGAGUUCAUUUCCUGCUUGACAGAUGAUGGUGUCCCUCUAAGUUCAGGGUGGAGUUAAACCCGGAAGAAAUCACAAGACAUAUCGCCAAUGUUACUUAGACCUUAGGGUUGUCCUUCACUCCCCACAUACUAUGAUGAGUUGCCUAAUGUCCUUUUGUCUGCGAAGAUCAUCGUACAAGAUCGAAGCCAGGAGGACAGCAGGACUGGAUGGACUGUACUGCAGUUCCCAGCAGAAGAGGCUUAGAGAUAAACCACUAACAAAACAGAUUUUUUUGGGAGGGUUGAGGGAGGGAGGGAAGGAAGGGGUCUGGGGUGGGAUUAAGAUGCAGCGGUGAACUUUGUCUUUGUAAAUACAAACUCCAACGGCGCAGUUCUUCACUACAAGGGGAUAAAAAUCAUACUUCCCACUCGCUCUCAAUUACGGAAAAUCCCAUAAUCCUUUUAAUUUAUUAAUGACUUGCUGUAAGAUAUUGUGUAGUUCCAAAUAAAUGAUGAUGAUUUAGAUGAUUAUAGAUGAAGGCCUGCCGAUUCACAGGGAGGAAGUGAAAUGGUCAGACAGGAAUCAAGCUUCUCUUUCCUCUUUGUAUAUUUGGUAAUUGUUUUGUCAUAUAUGUAAAUAUUGUGAUGGUUAGGAAAGCUAGGCAUGAAAGCGGGCCAU